AUGGCGGCACAUAAAACAUUCAUUAUUAAGCGUAAAUUGGCUAAAAAGGCGAAGCAAAAUAGGCAAGUACCGUUGCCUCAAUGGGCUCGCAUGAAAACAGGAAGUAAGAUUCGUUACAAUGCGAAAAGAAGACACUGGCGCCGAACAAAGCUGAAGUUGUAA